CCGAUUGACUCGUCCGAUCAUCCGCCACGUGUCCUAUCUCAGGCUACGUCCCCUUCCUUCUUCCCCAUCUUCGCCUCCACCUGACUUCUCCUUCGCUACAGAAGAGGACGACGACUUCUUAUCACCUAUAUGUCCUUCUUCAUCUCGUUCUUUCCCAGAUACCCCGUCCCCGUCACUAUCACCAUGAGCUUUUUCACGGAGCGAGCCCUCGGCGACCAUCUCUUAAGGCCACGGUGUUACAUCUUUGCGAUCCGACAGGUCCAUCAUCCGCGGCUUAGCCCGUGUCUUUGGCGACUCGCGCAAUUCUUCUGUACUGAGGGAGUGUACGCAACAGCUGAGUUUCGAUUUGCAGGCAGUCCCCGAGCGGUUGUUUUGGCGGAGGCGGUAGCGGUUCAUCGACGAUCAGCCCCCAGAAUCAGCCACGUGUCUACGAUUGUCGCCUUCAGUAGCGACAUCAGCACCAUCAGGCGGUUGCGGCAUACGGCUAUCAAGACGACGCUUCGGCUGCGGGCGCAGCAGUUGGCGUCAGAGUGGAAUCGCGUGGAAACGGGAGUGGAGGGCGAUCUACUCGGAUUCCUUUUCGGAUCGGUGCGGCCCGACCAUCGCCAAUUGAUCGUGCAAGAGCUAACGGUCCUCCUCGCGCAGCUGGCCGACGAUCUCCGACUUGAGAUUGUCUCACAGAGCGACAACAGCCUAGUCCCGCACGUUCUCACGCUGACUUUGGCGCCAUAUCUUCAGCGGUCAGCGUGCUUGGAGGAACCGGGAAGUGGUCGCAACCCACCGUCACAGCGCGAUUAUCUGAGCCCAUACGAAAUAGUGGAUCUCGCCUUCUUUCAAGAUCGAACGGCUUCCGAGAACGAGGAGGUAGAGAUUGAAGCGGAAGAGGAAAGCUCGGAAGAAGAAGAAGCUGAAGAGGAGGACGCAAAGGAAGAAACUCCCGAGGAGGGGAGUUACAGCGAGCACAACAAAGGGGAGCAAAGUGAGGAGGAGGAGGAGGAAGAAGAACAAGACGAUCAGGAGGAGCUAGAAGAGUCAGAAUGGGAAGGAUUUGAGGAGGAGGUGCGCGCGGAGGAGCUCGACCGAACGAAGCGGAACAGGCGGAAGACCCCGAGGCGGCGCGCAAGAGAGGGGGGAUCGUGGCCGGAAAGCGACAGCUGGAAUUAGCUAGUGGAGCAGGUCCGCCGACCCUCGACGAUCCUGGGCGAGAUCCGGAGUCGCCCAAGCCUUAACAUG